AUGAAAAGGUGCCUCUGCCCAAGACAACUGCUUUGUCGAAGCCGCAGGUCCUCCUGCUCGCUCCACCGUCCUGCCAUCGUUUUCCGGAACCGGUUGCGUUCCCCCCUCGCUGGGGGGCCUUCGAGUCAAUGGAGUCGCCCGUUUUCCGCCAGUGCUGCUAGUGCCGCGAAGCACAGCAGGAUAUUCGAGGACUAUGUGACAGGUGUGCCGCCUAAGUGUCCUGUAUAUGGGAACGAACAGCAGAAGAACCCGAAUUCGUGGAUUCCAUCGCUGGAUAAAUACCUUACGCCGUCGUUGCGCGAGGGCGAGACCGAAGAUUUGUACGCGCGAGCCUAUGGGCUAGCUACGAUAUUGUCUUAUGCGAGAUUUUACGGCCAACUUGAUCUUUUGGGCUAUCUUGGAUAUGGGUUGAACCGGUGGUCUGAUGUACACACGCUCUUGAAUGUGUUGCUGGAUGCGGCGGAUGCUACCCGGCAUCCGACUCGGGUGUCUCUGUCUAGUCUCGAUUGGGGCUCUGAUGCCGGUUUUACUUUGGAGAGACUUACAAGACACGCACCAUCGCUGAAGAAUGUCAAGAUCAAGAAAAGCCCUGAUUCUUCGAACGUACCGAAAUUCAGAGAUUUGACACAACGGUCAUUUGCAAAUGACUUUUCAGAGCUUCUCAUGUCACAGGUGUGGCAGAGCUUAGGUUCUAUUAUUUUACAGGCAGCAGAUCGAUCACCCGAUGAGCUGAAGCUGGGCAUGUCGUUUGUGUUCCGUACCUUGGCCCGUCUGCAUCAUUCCGGCGCCAUAUCGGACAACAUCUACAAAUGCGCGACCCCAGAUCCGAACACGGCGACGUAUCGGCCUCCAGGGAUGCACUUUCUGUCCACCCAUAUCAUGAGUGUUCUGUCGGAGACGGCUUGGGGGGCCCACGAAGCAGAAGUUGCGGCCAAAGCGGCUGAGAUGGGCGUGGAGUCACCAUAUGUCCCGUUCAAAAUGGGUGUCCGGGAGCUAGGACCAGAGAUAUGGUUGGAGCUGAUACUGUGGUGCUGUAUCGAGCAUGGGUAUGUCAGGGAAGGGUUAUGGCUGCUAGAGCAGAUGAAAACGCGCACGGACUAUUUGGCCUGGAACUUCCAGAGCUGGGAGUCUCUUCUGCGCGAUCAAGGCACGGCCGUUGUUGAAAAUACCAACAUUGACACGGAACAGUUCUGGCGCCGUCCUGGCAAUGAUGCUUCUGUUCAACAGCAAACGGGACAGAAGCGCAACACUAUAUUUCACGGCCUGGCGAAACGGACGAUUAGCACUGAGGUUGUCGCGUCGCUACGAGACUGUUUUGUCAACUUUGUGUAUCGGGGACUUGGUUACCGUGGGCUAUCACCGACUGAGCUUUCACACGUUAUUUCUCGUGUCAAUGCGCUAAUCGAUACUCCCGAGUCAGCCAAAAAUAAGACAGAACUGCAGCCAACCACUAGGGAACACAACUGGCUCACUGCCCGCGUCCUUCAAUCCGCGGGGCUAGACAUCAACGCAGAUCCCCAUUCAAUGGGGAGAUUCCUACGCGGCAGCCCUCAUGUGGUUGGCCCAUGGAACAAUGGGCCGCCCCUUGUUGAAGGGGACUUGGAGUGGUUGACUCCAUCGCGGCUUUAUGAUGAGACAUGUGCUUUUCAAGGCCUGACAGAAUACGUGGUCAGGUCAUAUGCUGUUCAGCGCCAAGCAGGGCUGGCAUUUAGCACUUUUGGCUUCUUGCAAGAAGCCAUUGACACGAGCAAAUCACGGCAUAUUCAGGAGUUCUUGAAGCGACUGCAAAAAUCCGACCCUAACGACAUUCCCGUGGCAGACAAGCGUGAUCGCGACCUCGGACAUGGAAAGCCAGAGACAUCAGUCCCGCAGGUGUCAAACGUGACAUAUGCACAACUAGUGGAUCUGGCAACAAUAGCCAAAGCGUACCCUUUCGCCAACUGGCUACUCUUCUCCAACGACCUAGACGGCCCACCAAUUCGACGCAGCGAAUACGGGAACCAGACCCUCGCUCCCUCCCUCCUCCGCUAUGCAGGCGCCACAGGAAACAUCGGACUCCAAAAACAAGUCGUCUCCUCCCUCACCCAACCUUACUCCUUAAACACCCUCCGAGCCCUCGUCAGCUUCCGCAUCCUCACAGGCGACUGGGACCGCGUCAUCCUCAUGCUUGAAUACAUCCGCAACCACCGCCUCAAAUCGUGGGGCCACGGCAACAUCAUGCUCCUAGCCGGCAGCAUCCUGCGCAUGGAGCGCGCCCUCCACAAACCCUCCAACCAUGCAACCCUCGAGGAAAAACAACACUCGCUCACCCAAGCCAAAACAAUCCUCACCCGCAUCCUAAACGGCGACUUCAACGACCUCAGCCAACGCACAGGCAACAAAGCCCAACUCCGCACCCUCCGCUCCAUCUACCGCAUCUUCCUCUCCCUCCCAGGACCCCUGGCCGACAUCGCCACCCAAUCCACCUUCCACUCUCCCAACCACCACCACCCAUCCUACAAAUCCCGCCACUCAAUCCCUUUCAUCUCCCCAAUUGCCUUCCACUACCUCCUCUCCGCCGUCGUCGACACCCAAGGCAGCGCCGCCGGCAAAUCCCUCUGGGAAAAAUGGUGUCUCGAGCCCUCCCACUCCCCCAAACACACCCGCUACCACGAGGGCGGCAUCUGGCGACUCUACGAGGCUGCCGAGCGCGACCACCGCCGCGGUGACCCCAACUUCAAUGCCUCCUGGCGCCGCCAGUUAAACGAAAAGGUCGUCUCGCCGAACCUCAACACCGUGCGCGUCAUCGCGCAGGGUGCCGCGAGGGAAUACGCGCGGUUCACGCAGUACCUCGCUAGUCUCGAGCUUGCUGCUGUUGAUGCGCUCGCUGCUGGGCGUGGUUUACCGUCUGAGCCGUCCGCGCUGCCUGAUUCGGUUGAGAAUCGGGAGAAGAAGAGGGAUAUUGAGAAGAUUAUGGAGUGGUGUGUGCGGCAGUUCCAGGUGUUGAGGUUGCCGGAGGAGGAGAUUAAUCGGGAGGUGUUUGAUCAUUUGAAGAGGAUGAGGACGAGGGAGAGGGUUAGGCAUCGAGAGGAGGUUGCGGAGAGGGAGAGGGAGAAGGAGAGGAUUAGGGGGUUUGUGGAGGCGCAGAGGUUGAUGGAGGUUGAGCGUGGGCGCGCUGGUGUACGACAGACAUGA